UCCCGCUGGGGUUGAGGCGAUUCGAUGCGGUUUGUUAAUAUGAAGAUUUGCAUUCUGUAUCUUUUGUAUUUUGGAUGCAUAAAAAUAAUUUAGUUUGCCUUGCUGCGAUGUAAAACACAGGAGCUCCGGAGUCUCCUUCUCUCUGUACGGAGCACCCAGUUCUGUCCUUGGUGCCACUCCGAGGUCCAUCCACCCCUUCUUAUGAAAUGGAAAAUCCUGAAGUGGCUGUGAGCAGCUGCAGUGCUCAUGAUGAGGAAAACCUUUGCAGCUACAAACGACACUCAUCAGUAUCACAGGAAGGGAUUUUGGAAGACCAGCUUAGAAGGAAGUUAAAAUUUUUCUUCAUGAACCCAUGUGAAAAAUUUUGGGCCCGGGGCAGAAAGCCUUGGAAACUUGGGAUUCAGUUACUCAAAAUAGUAAUGGUUACAGUUCAGCUGGUGGUUUUUGGAUUGAGCAAUCAAAUGGUGGUUGCCUUCAAAGAAGAGAACACUGUUGCAUUCAAACAUCUGUUCUUGAAAGGAUAUCUGGACAGAAUGGAUGAUACCUAUGCUGUAUAUACACAAACAGAUGUUUAUGACCAGAUAUUCUUUGCAAUAAACCAGUACCUCCAGCUGCCCAACAUCUCUGUUGGAAAUCAUGCUUAUGAGAAGAGGGGAGCAGAAGAGACACCUCUGGCUCUUUGUCAGCAGUUCUACAAGCGAGGAAUAAUCUGUCCUGGAAACGACACCUUUGAUAUAGACCCAGAGAUUGUGACUGACUGCUUGUACAUUGAGCCAACGACUUCAUUAGACAACACAACAAUGGGAAAGCACAAUUUGAAUUUCACUCUGGAUUUCCCCAGGCUGGUGGCAGUGCAGCUCAUGUUCAAUCUGAAGGCAAUCAACCUCCAGACCGUUCGUCACCACGAGCUCCCCGACUGUUACGAUUUCACCCUGCGGAUUGUGUUUGAUAAUAAAGCACACAGUGGAAGAAUUAAAAUAAGUCUAGACAAUGACAUAGCGAUCAGGGAAUGUAAAGACUGGCAUGUUUCUGGAUCAAUACAGAAGAAUACUCAUUACAUGAUGAUCUUCGAUGCUUUUGUCAUAUUGACUUGUCUGGCUUCAUUGAUCCUUUGCACACGAUCAGUGAUUAAAGGAAUUUGGCUCCAAAGGGAAUUUGUAAGCUUUUUCCUAUAUUAUUAUAAGAAAGAAGUGUCUUUCAGUGAUCAAAUGGAGUUUGUCAAUGGAUGGUACAUCCUGAUUAUGGUUAGCGAUGUCCUAACUAUUGUUGGAUCAACUUUAAAGAUGGAGAUACAAGCUAAGAGUCUGACAAGUUAUGAUGUCUGCAGCAUCCUCUUAGGAAUAUCUACUAUGCUUGUGUGGCUUGGAGUCAUUCGCUACCUAGGUUUCUUUCAGAAGUAUAAUCUUCUCAUCCUAACCCUGCGAGCAGCAUUACCCAAUGUAAUGAGGUUCUGCUGUUGCGCUGCUAUGAUCUACCUGGGCUAUUGUUUCUGUGGAUGGAUUGUACUGGGACCAUACCAUGUGAAGUUUCGCACGCUGAACAUGGUUUCUGAAUGCCUUUUUUCAUUGAUCAAUGGAGAUGACAUGUUUGCCACCUUUGCACAGAUGCAGCAGAAAAGUUACUUGGUUUGGUUAUUCAGUAGGAUCUACCUCUACUCCUUCAUCAGUCUGUUCAUCUAUAUGGUGCUGAGUCUCUUCAUUGCACUCAUUACAGAUACGUAUGAAACAGUCAAGCACUACCAGCAAGAUGGCUUUCCUGAGACAGAACUUAAGAGAUUUAUAUCACAGUGCAAAGACUCACCAAACUCUGGGAGGUACAGGUUAGAGGAGGAAAGUUCUGCAUCUCUCUUCUGUUGUUGUAAUGGUUGUAGUGAACGUAUUUAAUGGAUUGUGGGAGCAUAUCAUGGAGGCUUUAAAGCAGCACACAUUGCAAGAACUGGACAAUGGAUCUGGUGGAAAACUUUAUCUCUGAAGACUUAAUUUGCUUUUCUCAAAAAACAGGCCUGUGGCAGAAAUUUAUGCUAAACUUACAGAUUUUUUUGAUUAGACAUUCACUGCUAGUUCAGAGGGCUUGGGGAUGGUUUUUAUUAGUUUUAUUCUAUUUGUUUCCUCAGUUAAUUUGUGCUAGAAUGCAAAGGGCAUAAAAACCUGUCUGUGUUCAGACUUGCCUAGAUUAUAAGAGUAGAAUAUAGAUGUAAUAACUUUCAACAAUAAGUAGAACUAGUGCCGGACAACUUCGGCUUUGAGCACCACCCUAGCCCUCAGUACUGCAGGCAUUAUCUGUCUGUGGCUGACCUGUUACUGAAUGAAUGGAAGCUCACUAGAGCCCUCAGCAUUUUUUGUUUGUUUGCACUCACAGUAAAAAUAAAUACUAUGAAAUUUGG